UCGGGAGGACGGUGAGCGAGUUCAGGAGCUGGAAACCUUUAAGGGGAGAAACUCGGGAGUAAACAUGCGGACUAACAACAGACGCCGUCAACGCGACGAGGAUUAAACAGAGAAACCCGAGAGAACUGAGCUCUGAUUCUGGAGCUGAGCUCUGAUUCUGGAGCAGGUCUAAGAGCCGAGCACACACCUGACCUGUAGGCGCUAGAGAAGGUCCCUCUAGGAAAGAGAAAACUUCCAGCGACAGGGAAACACCCAGCACGCCGCCGCAGGAGCAGUAACGUCGGACAUGCAGUGUAAAAAGUAUUGACUGCUGUGUUGAAGGACAAUGUAAUUAUGAUGGAUCAAGACACUCAGUGGCUGUACCAGCUUUUGGCAGAGGUGCAGCUGGAGCGUUUCUACCUGAGGGUCCGCGAUGGACUUAACGUGACGCGCAUUGAGCACCUAGACUAUGUGAGGGAGGCUGACUUGGAACAGAUUGGAAUCAGCAAACCAGGACAGAGACGAUUAUGGGAUGCAGUCAAGCGUUACAAAACCAACUCACGGCCACGGUCAUGGAUGGCCAAGAUGUUCAGUGUGCGUGGUCCAGAAGGUGACCAGUGGAGUGGUGGUGGGUCUGGUCAGGGGCCGGAAAUAGGACGAGCUCUCACCUGCCUCAUCCAGGACAGUGAGCUGGUGUUUGGUGAGAGACUGGGCUCAGGCUCAUUUGGGGUGGUGAAGAAAGCAGAGUGGCACACGCCUACUGGACGAGUAAUACACGUAGCUGUGAAGUCUCUGCGAAGCAGUAUGUCCAGGGAGGCAGAUACAGUGACAGACUUCCUCCAGGAGGUCACCACCAUGCAGUCUCUGGACCACAUCAACAUCAUACGCCUGUAUGGUGUGGUCCUUACACAGCCUCUCAAAAUGGUGACGGAGCUGGCUCCUCUUGGCUCUCUGUAUGACACUCUGCGCUUGCGGCAGGGUGCGUACCCACUGGCUCGUCUCUGGCUCUUCAGCACUCAAAUCGCUGCAGGGAUGGAGUAUCUAGAGACACGGCGCUUCAUCCACAGAGACCUGGCAGCCCGCAAUGUGCUCCUGGCCUCCAGAGAGCUAGUGAAGAUUGGAGACUUUGGUUUGAUGAGGGGUCUGGGCCAGGACAAGGACCACUACAUCAUGGGAGCCCACAGACGCAUCCCAUUUGCCUGGUGUGCUCCUGAGAGUUUGCGUAUGGGCUCCUUCUCUCAUGCCUCAGAUGUGUGGAUGUAUGGGGUCACCCUGUGGGAAAUGUUCACUUACUGUGAAGAGCCCUGGCUCGGGUUGUCUGGAAGGCAGAUCCUGUGUCGUGUGGAGCGUGAUGGCGAUCGCUUGCAGAGGCCACUGGACUGUCCACAGGAGCUGUACUCAGUGAUGAGGAAAUGCUGGGCCUACAACCCAUCAGACCGGCCCACCUUCUCCCAGCUCACUACUAUGGUAUCUGAGGCUCAGCCUAUGGAGGUGCAUGCAUUGCAGGACUUUACAGAGCCCAGAAAACUUGCUCUACAGGCCAGUGACCUAGUGACUGUAAUAGACCAUGGGCUGGAGUUGUGUGAGUGGAGGGGUCAGAACCAGAGGACACUGAGUGUUGGCUGGUUUCCCCCAUCGCUGACAGCUCCUUCUGUGUCUUCACUGAGCAAUCUGAGUCUUAGUACUAGUCCUGCUGUCAUCUCUCCUCCACUCAGAGGAAGUUUACAGCACACCGGACAUGGAGAUGUGAACCCAGACCGCAGCUGGGGAACACCAGCACGGCUUGAUGACCCUGGAAACUGGAAGGUACCUUUGGCAAAAGAGAAGGAAGGAUCCAAUCUAAAGAAAAUGGCAGGCAUGUCGCGUAGUCUUGAGUCGGUCCUUGGGGUCUCAAAUGACAAAAGUCAAGGUGGAGGUGGUAGCCUGGCUCAGAGAACCCACGUCCGCAAAGCCAUCCCAGCUCACCUACUCCAGGACCCUCGAAGGUUCAGUGACUGUAGUGGCAUUAUGCCUCCUCCACGACCACCACCACCCAACUUCAAACGCAUCAGACCCCAGCAGAUGGUGAACCGUGAUCGGAGAGUGGCAGGAAAUGCAACUCCAGCGUCCUGGCAUCCACCUCCUCAUCCAAACCUGCAACCCCAACUACAGCAGCAGCAGGUUAUGGGACCUAGCAACCUAGUCAAGAUGGCCCAGUUAGCAAAGUCAACUCCCCAGAUAGACAAUGACUUCGAGAAAGAGAGGGAAAGAGAGAAGGAAAAGGAGCGAGAAAAAGAAAGGGCACGGGAAAGGUACCCAACUCAAGUGCAGACAGAUAAGGAGGCAAUUAUGGUGCAGGUGCAGGCAGCCGUCCAUGGAGUAACCAUUGAAGAGGUUCAGAGAGCUCUACAACGCAAUGACUGGAAUCCAACACGGGCAGAGCAACAGCUGAAGACAGAGCAGCUGUACCAUAUGAACCAGUGCUCUCGAGAGGACUGCUUCAAGAUCCUGUCACGCUACAACUGGGACCUUCAGUUGGCCAGCCGUUUUCUCAUCCGCAUGGCCAGAGAUGCUGCACUGGAGAGACGGGCAGACAGAGUUUAGAAAAGGGUCUGCAUGGACUCCAUGGAUCCAGUGCUGGAUUUUGAUGCAAAUUCUCAAUAAGCUAAAAGUGCCUCACGUCAACAUCUGAAGGAGGGGAAACUACAGGAAAGCUACAGGAGAGCAUCUCAUCCCCACUGCUGUGCCAACAUGGUGCCAUUCUCUGUCCAGCAUGGCACUGAGUCGCUGAAGAGUGCAAUUGUGAAUCGGCAUAAUAAAAUACAGAGCGGGAAUUCAAACUGCCAGGUGCCACAGAAGAACAGGAGUUGGACGAUGCUUUGGUUUCUGUUUUACUGCACGUUGUCUGAGAAAUUAGAUUGUUGCUGUUGUCAGUGAAUCGUGCUGUACAUUUGAGCCAGCUGUACAAGGAAUGUGCUUGGUUUCCUCCCUACAUAUGAGCCUGUAUUAACUCUACAUCGCCCCCUGCCAGCUGAACAUGGGCCUAUUCAGUCAUUUCAGACCUCUUGGAAAAGGCCAAGAGACUAGAGCUGACAAGGACAGUUUGGACUAGACUCUCUUCUCACUGAAAUGUAACACUUAACUCCAACACAUAUGGUGAAUGAAGGAAUUAUUUUAUUUUUAACUGAGACACAAGCUUAGCAAAAACUUUUGGGGAAAGAGGUGGAAGUUUCUGUUGCCACAGUGAACAGUUUCUAAUGCUGUUUACAAGUUUAUACAUAUGCACCUUUUAUGGAAUAUAUAUAUAUAUAUAUAGAUAUAUAGAUAUAUAUAUAUAGAUAGAUAGAUAGAUAGA